UUGUAUUUGAAUGGUCUCAUUGGUGUCAGAUUUAUAUAAUUGAUGAGUAUCUUAUCUGCAAUGUCAUGAAGUCAUUUUGUUCAUCAUUGUGUAGUUGCCCUCCCCCAUGUUUUUUCUUAAAGAUUAAAACAUUUUAGUAUUCAGAUUAACUUACCUAGUAGGCAACACGUCACGAUCCUAACCACAUUUCAACAAAGGAGUGGUGAGAAGUCCCAUUUCAUCAACAUACAAUGCACCCACUGCAACUUGAGAGUGGAAAACCAGAUAUAUGAAGGGGAGAAAAUGAUAAUAGAGUGACAUCGGCAGUGGUACUGAUUUAUUUAUUCAACUUUUGUAAUAAUUUUAUUUAGGUCCUACUGCUUACAUUAUGCAUAACCCGCCUCCACUAAUCUUUAGUGAGGCUUCACCCACCUCAAGAUAUGCCUUCAAGUCAUUGGUACUGAUACUUUUGAUCACUACUUUAUAAUCAGUUCAUAUACAGGGUGAUAUUUAAACGUUACAAAUUAUAGGCAAAAUUUAGAUCCAUUUGAAAGCUGAAAUAUAAACAUGUGGACUAUCUUGUUAGUUUGUUAAGAAAGAAGAAGGCAUAUUAUUAUUAUUAUUUUUCUUUCUCCUUUUUCCUCCUACAAUUGGCUUGUUUAUCAGUGUCAACUUUUUUGGAGGGAGGGAUUUUCCUUUCCAAAGUGGUUCUAAAGUCGAAGUUUUAACUCCUAAAAACCUACAUUUACUGCAACCUGCGAAGGUAUGCCAAGGUCAUUGGUAUUAUCUCGUCCAGUUUUCUUUUGAUUUCCUUUCAUAUGUUAGUCAGUUCAUUGUUCUUUCACUAAGCAGUUCUUCCAAAUCCAGAUAUGGUAGGAACGAAGACAAAGCACGGUGUUGUCUUUGCCUGAGAAACCGAGUGUUGAAGAAAUUCACCUGGAAAAGAAGUUUCUUCAACAUCACAAAAAUGCCGUUUCCACCAGUUACUUGUUGUCAAAACCAAAUAAUGUGCUCUGGAUGUAAAAAUCUGUUGAUCUAUCCUGCUGGAGCAACCUCCAUUUGCUGUGCUCUUUGCCAUGCUGUAACUCCUGUUCCAACCUCUGGCUUAACGAUGGCUCGGCUGGUGUGUAGUGGCUGCUACACCCUGCUCAUGUACAGUCGUGGGGCGAAAAGUGUACAAUGUUCUUGUUGUCGCACCAUAAAUGCAGCUUCUGAAGCAAAUCAGAUGGCUCACAUCAACUGUGGGAACUGUAGAGUGCUGCUGAUGUACCAAUGUGAAGCACAUUCUGUUAAAUGUACACUUUGCAAUUUUGUCACCUCAGUUGGGAUUUUGAGGUUUAAUUAGUUCAUAAUUUCCCCUCUUUGUUUCUCCAUUCUCAAACUUCACAGCACUUUGGAUUGUUAGAGAUGAACCCUAAAAAUCACAACCUUCUAUAAUGGUUUGGAAUGAAAAAUGCUUCUUUUAAUGAAAAAGUUAAGAUCCGGAAUGUUUUCUAGAUUGAAAGAUUGAAUCUUGACUUCAAAAGAGAGUGUGUGCCAAUUAUUGAGAGCUCUCAAGUCCACCUAUUGUAAAAGAAAAUUUAUUAAUGGAUGAUAAUAUAUUCUCUCA